CGCGACAAAGAGGGAGGGUGUCCGAACGAACGCGCGGUGAGUAGUUCAAUGAAUGAAUGAAUAAUCAAAACCGAUUUUGAUAAUAAAAAAAAAAAAGUCGCUCACGUAGCGUGUUGUGGUUAACUAACUCCGUUCCGUUCCGUUCUGUUCUGUUCCGUUCCAAUGGCGGAAACCUCUGCUGCACUAUGCUUCUCCACAUUCAGAUUCUCUUUCGCUCCGUCCCGUUCUCCUUCCAAGACCUUCUUCAACAACAGCUCCUUCCAUUUCCCUCCUCCUUCUAGUUCUCACACGUGUCUUCUCCAUUUCGCUCCCAAAGCCUCCCCCUCCGGCAACUUCUCCGGCGACGAUUCUUUCGGUUUUUUCCCUUGGUCCGAUUCCGACAACAACGAAAUUCAAUGGAUUCCUGAGGAGAGAAUUACGUUGUUCACUGCUGAUGGAUUGAUCCAGAUUGGAGGCUCCAUGGUUCCUCGCCGUGUCAGCUCUUCAGAUAAGAAGCACGGGAAAUCCAAAACUGCUAAAAAAUUUCAACGGUUUCAGGAGAGUAAUUACAUGAAUCCCAAUCAAGGCCUUUGUCUGGGUGCACUCUUUGAUAUUGCUGCUACUAAUGGACUUGAUAUGGGCAGGAGACUUUGUAUUUUUGGUUUCUGCCGUUCAAUUGAGAUGCUUAGUGAUGUGGUGGAAGACACUGUUUUAGAGCACGGUGGGGAGAUCAUUGCCGCGGAGAAGGCAAGCAAAGGUGAUUUACAUGAAAAGCUAACCAUGACUGUUGCAGUGCCAUUGUUAUGGGGGGUUCCUCCAGCUUCUGAGACGCUUCACCUGGCUGUUAAAAGUGGUGGAGGGAUUGUAGAGAAGGUUUAUUGGCAAUGGGACUUUCUGUAAAUACAUAUUUUAGGUCUCCCCUCCCCUAACCAUUCUUUCUGCACUCUGUACAUAAAAUUGUAUCUCUCUGUAUAUGCACAUAAAAAAAUUAAUGUCAUUGUAUCUCUAUACUUGUACAAUAAACUAAUGUCAUGACUGUAUCCAAUUGUCCGUUCAUUGAGGCACAAUGAACAGUUAGUUCUUGCAUUCUCAACAUUGAACUUGGAAUUUUCCCAUAA